GUAUUUUAGUCAUUAUGAAAGUUUUAAAAUUUCUAUUGGCAUGUGUAGAACAGAAAGAAAGAAGGGAAAAAAAAUCUGAAGAGAAAUGGGAAGCGAUAGGAAGGAAAUGAGAAGCAAGAAACGAUCAAAAUUUUCUUCUUCUGGUUCUGAAGAUGAAGGAAGGGAUAAAAGGCAAAGGAGAGGCGAAGAAGAGGAAGAGGAGAGGAAAAGCAGGAAGAAGAAUGAUAAGAAAGAAAAAAGGAAAGAUCAGAAAUCUCACAAGCACUCUUCUCAUAAAGAGAAAAAGUUGAAGGAAAAGCACAAAAGUAAACAUCAUAAAGGUGACCGCCACUCGAAACAUGGGUUCCAAGAGCUAUCCAAUGAUGACUAUUUUUCAAAGAAUAAUGAAUUUGCUACAUGGCUGAAAGAAGAGAAACGUGUGUUUUUCUCUGAUCUUUCAUCCGAGUCUGCUCGGGAAUUAUUUGCAGACUUUGUUAAAGACUGGAAUAACCAGAAACUCGGAUCUCAAUACUAUGAAGGCAUUGCAAGUGGGCCACGGACUGCACAUAACUGGAAAAUCAAACAGUAGGAAGGGAGAGAGAACCUUCAGCAGCUUGAUCCCUACUUUCUUUUUUCUUGUUUGCACUCCUUUUAUACUGCUUUACAUAACCUUCCUUCCCGAACCCUGAACCAAUUUCAUUCCAUCUCCUCUAUUCGAUGCCCAGAAAAAGAAGACGACGACGAAAAACCCGGAAACUAUUCCACCGUUUCCCUCUCAAACCACCCUAACCCCGAUAUCUCUUGUUUCUACCGAAAGGGUUUCUCUCAAAUCCCCCAUGAAACCACUGGCAAAGCCUUACAUGCACUUUGCAUCAAGGGCUUAAUCCCUUUAAGCUUAUUUCUGACAAAUACUUUGAUUUACAUGUACUCAAGGUUUGCUCUUGUUGAUUGCGCUCGUUACCUGUUCGAUAGUUUGUCUGUUAGAAAUGCUGCUUCUUGGAACACUAUGAUGUCGGGGCUUGUUCGCGUUGGUUUAUAUGGGGACGUGAUGCUUUUGUUUCGUGAAACGCAGAAUUUUAGUGUUAGGCCUUCUGGGUUUCUUGUUUCAAGCUUGAUAGCUGCUUGUGAUAGGUCGGGUUGUAUGUUCGGUGAAGGAAUUCAAGUUCAUGGUUUUGCUAUUAAAGUUGGUUUGUUAUAUGAUGUGUUUGUGGGAAGCUGUUUAUUGCAUUUUUAUGGAGCUUACAAGAGAGUUUUUGAUGCUCAAAGGAUCUUUGAGGAGAUGCCUGAGAGGAAUGUAGUUUCUUGGACUUCAUUAAUGUUUGGAUAUUUAGAUAAUGGAGAUUUCGAGAAUGUUAUGUAUUUAUAUCAGGAAAUGAGGAAAGAGGAGAUUAGUUGUAAUGAGAACACAUUUGCGACUGUGAUAGCUGCUUGUUCUUCGCUUGAAGAUGAAUUAUUGGGUCUUAAAGUUCUUGCUCAUGCUGUAAAAUCUGGUUUUGAAACUAAAGUAUCUGUUGCUAACUCUCUUAUAAAUAUGCUUGGUAGUUUAGGGAGUCUAAAAGAGGCCUAUUAUGUUUUUAGUCACAUGGAUGAACGUGACACAAUCUCUUGGAACUCAAUAAUUUCUGCACAUGUUCAGAAUGGACUUUUUGGAGAAUCAAUGAGGUUCUUUCAUUUGAUGCGUCAUGUUCAUAAGAAAAUAAAUUCUACUACUCUUGCAACUCUGCUUUCGAUCUGCAGCUCUGUGGAUAAUUUAAAAUGGGGAAAAGGAAUUCACAAUCUAGUCAUUAAGUUGGGACUGGAUUCAAAUGUUUGUACAUGCAAUUCGCUUUUAGGUAUGUAUUCUGAGGGUGGAAGGUUGGAUGAUGCAGAAUUUGUCUUUAAAGAAAUGCCAGAGAGGGAUUUAAUUUCUUGGAAUUCCAUGAUGACCUGCUAUGUUAGAGGUGGGAGGAGCCUGGAUGUCUUAAAAUUAUUGAACGAAAUGCUUCAAAUGAAAAAAGCAAUUAACUAUGUGACUUUUAUGAGUGCAUUGGCAGCUUGCUCAAACUCUGAGUUUAUUGCUGAAGGAAAGAUUGUGCAUGCUCUUGUAAUUCUUUCAGGUCUGCAUGAGAACUUGGCUGUUGGAAAUGCAUCUGUUACAAUGUAUGCAAAGUCUGGUACGAUGGUUGAAGCAAAAAAGGUUUUCCAGAUGAUGCCAAAGCGAAAUCAAGUAACUUGGAAUGCUCUCAUUGGUGGCCUUGCAGAGAAUGAAGAACCUGAUGAAGCAGUAAAAGCCUUUCAGUUGAUGAGAGAAGAAGGUAUAAAAGCAGACUACAUUACAUUGUCAAAUGUUCUGGGUGCUUGCUUGACCCCUGAUGACUUAUUGAAACAUGGGUUGCCCAUUCAUGCACAUAUUGUCUUAAUAGGAUUUGAAUCAAAUAGUUAUGUGCAGAAUUCUCUUAUCACAAUGUAUGCCAAGUGUGGUGAUCUCCAAUCAAGCGAAUGCAUCUUUGAUGGAUUGCUCAAUAAGAACACAAUCUCAUGGAAUGCAAUUAUUGCUGCAAAUGCUCAUCAUGGUCUUGAGGAAGAGGUCUUAAAAUGUAUUGUAAAGAUGAAAAAUGCUGGUAUAGAUUUAGAUCAAUUUAGCUUCUCUGAAGGUCUUGCUGCUGCAGCUAAGUUGGCUGUUUUGGAGGAAGGCCAACAACUCCACUGUUUGGCAGUCAAACAUGGACUUGACUUGGAUCCUUUUGUUACGAAUGCUGCAAUGGAUAUGUAUGGAAAAUGUGCAGAAAUGGAUGACAUGUUAAGAAUACUUCCCCAACCACUCAAUAGAUCACGAUUAUCAUGGAACAUACUGAUAUCAGCUUUUGCCAGACAUGGCUAUUUCCAGAAGGCGAGAGAAACUUUCAAUGAAAUGCUAGAAAUGGGGCUGAAGCCUGACCAUGUUACCUUUGUCUCUCUUCUUUCUGCUUGCAGUCACGGGGGCCUGGUGGAUGAAGGUCUUGCAUAUUAUGCUGCAAUGAGCAAAGAGUUUAAUGUCCCACCAGGAAUAAAGCAUUGUGUAUGUAUAAUUGAUCUUCUUGGACGAUCAGGAAGGCUUAUUGAGGCUGAAACUUUUAUCAACGAAAUGCCUGUCCCACCUGAUGCCCUUGUCUGGCGGACCUUGUUGGCUUCAUGUAAAAGCCAUGGCAAUUUGGAACUUGGGAAGAAAGCUGCAGAGCAUCUUUUUAAAUUAGAUCCAUCAGAUGAUUCAGCUUAUGUUCUAUAUUCUAAUAUUUGUGCAACUACUGGAAAAUGGGAUGCCGCAGAGGAUGUAAGGAGACAAAUGGGGUCAUAUAACAUAAAGAAGAAACCUGCGUGCAGUUGGGUGAAGUUGAGGGACCAGGUGGUUUUGUUUGGAAUGGGGGACCAAACGCAUCCUCAGACCAGUGAAAUAUAUGCAAAGUUGGGAGAGCUUAGAAAGUUGAUUAAAGAAGCAGGUUAUGUUACUGACACUAGCUUUGCUUUGCAAGAUACGGAUGAAGAACAAAAGGAGCAUAAUCUUUGGAACCACAGUGAGAGACUUGCCCUUGCAUUUGGAUUAAUUAAUACUCCAAAUGGUUCAACUAUUAAAGUUUUCAAGAACCUUCGUGUUUGUGGUGAUUGUCAUUCUGUUUACAAGUUUGUCAGUGGAAUAAUAAUGAGAAAAAUUAUUUUAAGGGAUCCUUACCGGUUCCACCAUUUUAGUGGUGGCCAAUGUUCUUGUUGUGACUACUGGUGAAAAUAGAUAUUUGUGAGCGGAAGCAGGAUCUUACGACAGGAAUAGCAAGUAAGGUGCUGUUGGUGUAUAGGAUAUAGGUAUAGGUCUGUCAUUGAUUUUGGAGAACCGAAAGCGUAACAACCUAAUCUAUCCAACUUGAAGGUACUGAUAAAAUCUCAAUUAUUCGGUGCAAUGAGAUCUUGAUGUGAAGCUUCUUCAUGCUUUCUUGUUUAAUGAGUUUCUAUUUCUUGAUGUUGAUAUUUUUUUGUUACUUGGUUGAAAGGAUAUUAUUAAUAAAAGAACAAUAAAUUUUCAAUAUUGAAUUGUAAA